UCCUCCUCCUUGCGAAGCGAUAGCUCGUCACCACGACCACCUUGCCAAGGGAAUUGCAAUGGAUCAAAUUGUUGUUCAAGGCCUGGAUUCAAAACAUGUAGCGAAGAAGAAGAAGCAUGAGCUGGGGCAGGAGCACGAGAGACACCCUGCUGGGAGCCUUCCUGAGGGCCCCCUUAUCGAGAUCCUGUCCCGGGUGCCCUACAAGUCACUCUGCCGCUUCAAGUGCGCGUCCAGGCCGUGGCUUGCCCUCUGCUCUGACCCCGACAUCCGCAAGAGGUCACCCCAGACCAUGGCAGGUUUCUUCCUCCGCAACUAUGGCAUCGGCCCCUGUUUCAUUAACAUCUCCGGAAGAGGCCAACCCCUGGUCGACCCAUCUCUCUCUUUCUUGCGCGAGAGCUUUACAUAUUUCAUCCCCCAGCAGUGCUGCGGUGGCCUUAUUCUCUGCAAAAACUGGAAAUCACAUUAUUUUGAGGAAGAUGAGUACAGUCUUGUCGUGUGCAAUCCUGCGACCAAGAAGUGGGCCGAGCUGCCUCCUAAUCCUAUACGACCGCAAGACGAAGUUGACGAAUAUUUGUGUUUUGAUCCAGUCGACCCCUCCCGUUUCGUGGUAUUCACACACACUUGGGAUUUAGGAGAAGUGACAAUCUACUCAUCAGACACUGGACGAUGGACUACGGUGGAGAGUGGUUGGAUUGGUGAGACUCCUAUCGGUCUUCCUGUCUUCCUGAAUGGUACUGUGCAUUUGAUGACCACUGAUAUUUCAAUAGCCACAGUAGACACAGAGGGGAAGGUUUGGAGGCAAAUUGAUAUUCCAGGCAACAUGCGAGACAGCUCUGAUUAUCCGUCCAUUGGACAGUCUCAAGGACGCUUGUAUGCUUGGGGUAUAGAUGAUAAUAUUAAUAUCUGCCAACUUUCAGUUUGGGCUCUUGAGGAUUAUGGUGGUGCAAAGUGGGCCUUGAAGGAUACUGUUAACAUUUCAGAACUGUUUGGAAGGGAUUGUUACAAAUAUGUGGAGCCCAUAGCAAUUCAUCCAGAUUGUGAUUUGAUUUUCCUUGCUGACCGGAGGGGGAAGGCUAUCUCAUACGAUAUGGAUAGCAAGAAAGUGCAUGUUAUCGGCACUUAUGAGACAUUCCUUGGUGCUGUACCUUAUGUUCCAUGUUUUGCGGAAUGGCCGUCAGAUAUAUAAUUCAGCCAUAUUGAUCUUGGAGGAACUAUAUUGCCGUUAUAUAAUUCAGCCAUGGAAAAUAUGCAACACUUUCCGAUGGUUACCCGCUCAGUUGUAUGAAUGAGUCUAGUCAUUUGAUCUAUCUGCUGCAUCUAGUGCUAACCAUUAUGGUCUCCUGACAGACUUAGGUGUGGGGCAACUGUGAGCGUAUAUUAUCUAGUAUGUUUGAAAUUGGUUGUAUUUCCACCUCUUUAUUUUUCGUUUAAGAUUGGAGAUACUUAUCUCUUGUUGCAAGUACAUUUAUCUUUUAUGGACAACUUGUUAUCCAUCGGUUCUGAAUAUUGAUAUCGCCUUGUUCUUAUGCACAUGUUAAAGACUGA